ACAGGGGUCGGGCUAAGGAGAGAGGGGCCAAGCGCUCCUGAAUGCUACAGAGGAUUUGGUGAGAACGCUCCACUCCCUCAGCCCGUCCCACCCUCAGCCGCUUUCUUCUUUCUCUCUGUGUCCUGUGUUUUGUUUGGCCAGUACAAUGACUGUCGGGAGAAUGGAGAGCGCUGCACUGUUUGAUGCUGGGAAGAAAGGUCGAGGCCUGAGGGCCACCAAAGAGCUCAGUGCUGGGAUUGUGGUCUUCUCAGAGUCCAGUUUCUCCGCUGUGGUUUUUGACAGUUUGGCGAUGCAGGUGUGCCACAGCUGCUUCCGGCGUCAGGCCAAACUGCACCGCUGCGCUCAGUGUAAGUUCGCCCACUAUUGCGACCGCACCUGCCAGACUGCAUGCUGGGAUGAGCACAAGCAAGAGUGUGGAGCCAUCAAGAAGGCUGGAAAGGCACCCAGUGAGAAUAUUCGCCUGGCAGCUCGUGUGCUGUGGCGUAUGCACAAGGACACAGGCAUUGUGUCAGACAGUCAGCUGGUCUCGGUGGACCAGCUGGAGGACCACGUGGCUGACCUGUCCCAAGAAGACCUCAAAAAGCUCCAGACUGACGUGCACAGCUUUCUGGAAUACUGGUCUUGUGGAAGGAAGCAGCACUCUGUUGACUACAUCUCACACAUCUUUGGGAUUAUCAAGUGUAAUGGAUUUACACUGAGUGACCAGCGAGGUCUGCAGGCUGUUGGUGUGGGUCUUUUCCCCAACCUGUGUCUGGUCAACCAUGACUGUUGGCCCAACUGCACUGUCAUUCUCAACCAUGGAAACCAGUCAGCUCUGAAUUCUGCUCUCCACUCUCAGAGGAGGAUCGAGCUCCGGGCUCUAAGGAAAAUCGCUGAGGGUGAGGAGCUGACUGUCAGCUACGUGGAUUACCUCAACCUGUCCGCUGACCGCCAGAAGAAGCUGAAGGAGCGUUUCCAUUUUGAAUGCACCUGUGAGCACUGCAGCCAGCACAUCAAUGAUGACCUGAUGGCAGCUGCUGCAGACAGCGAAGGGGCCAAACCCUCUGCUGACAAGGUGAAAGAGGUGACCUCCUUCAGUAAAGAGCGUCUGGAGAAGAUUGAGAGGUCCCGUAUUAAGGGGGAUUACCACGAGGUGUUGAAGUUGUGUCAUGAGUGUCUGGAGAAGCAGGAGAACGUCCUGGCCGACACUCACCUCUGUAAGCUGCAGGUGCUCAGUGUUGCCAGUGAGGUGCUGUCAUACAUGAAGGUCUUCUCGGAGGCUGCAGACUACGCUCGCAGGAUGGUGGAGGGAUACAUGAAGCUGUACCACCCCAAUAAUGCCCAGCUGGGGAUGGCCAUCAUGCGGGCAGGUGUCACCCACUGGCAUGCAGGACAGAUUGAGGUGGGCCACGGGUUGAUCUGUAAGGCUUAUGGCAUCCUUAUGGUCACCCAUGGACCCAACCAUGCCAUUACCAGAGACUUGGAGACCAUGCGCACGCAGACUGAGAUGGAGCUAAAGAUGUUCAAGCAGAAUGAGUCUGUGUAUCACACCAUGAGAGAGGCUGCUCUGAAGAAGUAAUAAUCCCCUUCAUGACUGAUGCUCCUGUCCCUGCAGAUGUCCUGAUGCACUUCUUAACUCUGCACUGACAUAUACAUACACUGACUGUGCUCUAAAGCACUGCACCCAGUCCCUGUGCCGAGUCUCUGAUUCACUGGUGUGUCUGAUGAUAUGCUGGGCUGUUUAAAGCAGCAGAUGUAACGCAACAUGUACAGUAUCUACAAUAAAAGUGCCAACACAACAUCUGUUGUGACUGCUUACAUCAGU